CCCACGUCACGUGGCCGUGCGUAUUUGUGGCCCUGUGCGACCCCGUAGCGCGGGCAGCACCCGAGUCUACACAUCACCCAUUCGUUCAGUGAGAUCCGCUGCCCGCCCUCAGCCGCCAGAAUGAUGUGCGGGGCGCCCUCUGCCACGCAGCCCGCCACGGCGGAGAUCCAGGCCAUCGCCGACCAGGUGAGGUCCCAGCUGGAGGAGAGGGAAAAUAAGAAGUACACUGUUUUCAAGGCCGUGGAGUUCAAGAGCCAGGUUGUCGCAGGGACGAACUACUUUAUCAAGGUCCAGGUGGACGAUGACGACUUCAUGCAUAUUCGCGUAUAUGAAAGCCUACCACACACAAACAAGCCCUUGGCCUUGACCAACUAUCAGACCCACAAAGCCAGGCAUGAUGAGCUGGCCUAUUUCUAGUUCUCCACCGUGCACAGAGCCCGUCGUUCACAUGGCUGUGUCCUCCGGACGUGCUCUGAGUCGUCGGCAGCAGUGCCAUCUGCGGUGGGGGGAUGUUAGCACCUUGCUGGUCUGUUUCUCACUUUCCUUGACUUGACCUUUUUCCUGCCAAUGAACAAUCUCGACUAAAUUACUUUCAAAAGGACUUAUAUAAUCUUUAAAUACAUGUAUCUUUGAAGUCUACAAA